GUUGAGUUUGGACUCGAAUGAGGAAGGUCAUAGCAUACGGCACGCUUCGUCUCGGUCCAAAUAGCGCCUCUGACGGGGCCACGACUCCCGUCUGCACAUCGUCACCGCACUCGCGGCCGCAGAGAGGGCGACAGCGUCAAAUCCCGAUGAAGAAGCAAGCAGCAUUGCACGACUUCGUACUCGACCGCAGCGGAGCUUCCGGCCAUGGCAAGCUACACCUUUCCACCCCGGCUCGCGGAAGCCUCGACGACCCACGGCGAUAACAGCAACAGCCCGCCGCAGCGCCUGCCCAAUGGCUCGACACACCACGCAAGGGCGAGUUCAAUGCACUUGUCCCCGCCGCAGCGGCCGGCAGAGGCGACGAGCGUGUACAUGAAUGGCAACGGCAGCUACGCGCACCUCAAAUCGGCCAGCACGACCACGCUGUACACCCAUGCCGAACGCUCAAACGAAGCUACGCCGCAAGCUUCGCCUGUCGACGAAAGCAGACGCCUGUCACCCCAGAUCUCCGACAUUCUGGCUCAGCAGCACAACCACCACCCGUUCGCUCCAUUUGGCCACGAUACACAUUCCAACCACGACCACCACUCGCUCCACCCCGCGCACGCCCACUCCCACAGCGAGCCGCUGUCGCCCAUGAAAAGGCCAACGAGGCCACGCGGCGAAUCCGAUCUGGGCAGACCUGCAGGCUCCCUCCACCCACAACUGCAAAAGGCAUCGCCGUCAUGGUUCUCGCUGCCAGAGGCUCUGACGAGCUUGCUGAUACCCUUGCCGUACAUGCUGGCGUCAGCAGCAUAUCAUCCGGCUGGCUUUGUCGAAGAUGGACUACCUCCGCUCUCCGCAUACGAAAGACUACAAAAGUCAGUACUCGAGGACGGUGCUGCGGGACAUAAGGAGCUACUGGUGAGGAGAGGCUGCGGGUUCGUGGAAGCAUGUACGCUUACGAGUGGAACAUUGCUAUUGUUGGGCGUAGCAGCCAAGAUAAGAGGUUCAGAUCGAGUCCUGGACAGGCGGAAAGAGAAGGCAGAGGCAGCUUCGACGGAGGGACUCGUUACACCUGCAUCGGCUCAGCGCAUCCUGCGUCGAAGCUUAGCGAUUGGUCUUCCUUUCUAUGCGUCCAUGCAAAUCGGAGGCAUGCGGACAGGCAUCGCGCUGUUGAUGACUGUGGCUUCUGGACUGACCAGUACGGACAUGCUGCACAGGCCGACCUGGAUCGAUUGGCAACAAAUUCUCAAGAUGCGGAAAGCGUCGAUAGCUGUCCUUCUUCUGGGCCUAUUGUUGGAUCUCAGCGGUGUCACUUUCAAGGCUGCACCCUCUGACAUAUUGCUUGGAUACUUCGCAUUGGCGUGCUCUAUCUUCUUCAUCCCGCCCCCUCUACCCUCUGCAGGCAUAUCCGCUUUCUCCUCGCAGCCAGCGAGCGCUGUCACGCCAACAACCCCACUGACCGGGCGGUCCUGGUCUUAUACUGUUUCCUCUUCUAUUGUAUCAUCUACAAACGAGAUCAACUUGACAAUCGCAGCGGGCGUGAUCAUGUCGAUAUUGACAUUGCUUAGCUCGGGACUCCUUGCAGCAUCGCCUUCGACAACUCCACUCGCGAUCGUCUUUACCACGCUGUCUAUCGCCUCCUCGGUAGUAGCAGUACUCGCAGGACGCCCUUCAGCACUUCGAACCCCGCGCAUGGCAGGGCUUGGUAUCAGCUGUUUCACUUUUGCGCUCUUCGCAUUUCUUUUCUCACCUUCCCUCUGGCCAGGGACAAUUUUGAAUGGCGGUCUUUCAGCGCUUUCAUAUUUCAGCGUUUUGUACGAUACGCAGCUGAGCACGGCUCAUCAGCAUCAUCACGACCACGCUCACGAUCAUGCACAUAAAACGCAAACGCAUAACCAGACCGGGCAACCCGCAUCUGGUCUCACGAAAUAUUUGUUACGAAAUUGCGAGCCGGGCUCGCUGAUGCACGGCAUUUUGAGCGAGAAGGAUUCACGCCGAAUAGCGUAUUUUACAUGCCUCAAUUUCGGCUUCAUGAUCGUGCAAGGGAUCUAUGGAUACCUCAGUGGGUCACUUGGCUUGCUCAGUGACACUGUCCACAUGUUCUUCGACUGCCUAGGCCUUGUGGUCGGUUUGGGUGCUGCAGUGGCUUCCAAAUGGCCGACGAGCCCGGAGCGACCUUACGGCUGGGGCAAGCUUAACACUCUCGCCGGCUUCGGUAACGGUAUCUUUCUAAUGCUGGUCAGUGUGGAGUUCAUUUGGGAAGCUAUGGAGGGUAUUGUGGAAGGCAAAGAGCUGCGCCAUGUCCAGGAACUUCUGGUCGUGAGCACGCUGGGUUUUUUGGUGAACAUGGUGGGUCUCUUUGCAUUCGGGCAUGCGCAUCACGGACACGACCAUGGCGGUCACUCGCACGGACAUUCCCACGGACAUUCUCACGAUCAUUCGCACGGCCAUUCCCACGCUCAGUCGCACGACCACGGCCACUCACACGACCAUUCGCACUCGCACGGACAUUCACAUCAGAAUUCGGUACAUAGCCACAAAGCGAACGACUCCUCGGGCACCAACGGAGACAUCUCCGGAUACUGCGACCACAAGCACGAGAAGAAAGAGGCAGCUCACUCGCACGAUCAUGGCGACGAUGAACAUAACGAAAACAUGCACGGCAUUUUCCUACACGUCGCAGCUGACGCCGGAGGCUCUCUCGCCGUUAUCCUCAGUACAGCAAUGACACUCUGGAAACCUUGGUAUCUCUGGGAUCCCCUUGCGACAAUCAUCAUCGCUAUUCUGAUCUUCGCCGCUGCCGUCCCACUCGUCAUCAGCUCCGGUCAGAAACUCCUCCUUGUCAUCCCUGAUACCCUCGAAUAUGAAAUCAAAAACACAUUACAAGAACUCGGCGAAAUUCGCGGCGUGGUUGGAUACGCUGUUCCGAGAUUUUGGAUCGACGAUCGGGACGAGGAUGGCGAUGGAGGAGGACAUCAUCAUGGCCAUAGCCAUAGUCACGCACAUGGACAUGAUCAUGGAGGUGGUGGAGGAGGAUUGAAGAAGAAAAAGGUACAAGGUGUGAUUCAUGUCAUUGCCAAUCCGGCGGCGGAUUUGGAUGAUGUGAGACAUCGCGUUGAUGAGUUUUUGAGGGAGAGGAGGAUGGAUGUUGUUAUUCAUGUGGAGAGGGAGGGUGAGGGGUCGUUGUGUUGGUGUGGUGGGGGUGCGGCGGGGACGGCGAGGAAUAGUGGGAGUGGGUUCUGAUGGGCUGAUUGGGUGUGUUUUGAGUAUGGUGGGUGCGAUUAGACGAGUUCGGAGGGGGAAUGGUAAGAGGUCUGGAAAGGAGGACGUUUUGCAUGAGUGGAAUGGGGCGCGUGUUUCUGAGCGUUCAAAGCGUUGCAUUGUUGUUUUUGCUAUGCUGGGUCGAGUGGGA